AUGAGCUGGGCGGCGGGCGUGCUGCGCGCCGGGCGGCGGGCGGGCGUGGGCCCGGGCGCGGGCGGGGCCGGGCGGGCGGCGCGCCUCCCGCGGUGGCCGCUGGCGCCGGGGGCCUGGAUGGGCACGGUGAAGGCGGAGCUGGUGAAGCCGGUGAGCGCCGAGAAGCCGGCGGUGCACAACAAGGUGUCGGUGAUCGGCACGGGGUCGGUGGGCAUGGCGUGCGCCGUGAGCAUCCUGCUGAAGGGGCUGAGCGACGAGCUGGCGCUGGUGGACGCCAACGAGGACCUGAUGCGCGGCGAGACGAUGGACCUGCAGCACGGCAGCCCCUUCCUGCGCAUGCCCCGGGUGGAGUGCAGCCAGGACCUGGGCGUGACGGCCAACUCCAGCCUGGUGAUCGUCACGGCGGGCGCGCGCCAGGCCGAGGGCGAGUCGCGCCUCAACCUGGUGCAGCGCAACGUGGCCAUCUUCAAGUCGGUGAUCCCGGACGUGGUGCGGCACAGCCCGCGCUGCAAGAUGAUCGUGGUGUCCAACCCGGUGGACGUGCUGACGUACGUGGCGUGGAAGGUGAGCGCGCUGCCCCCGGCGCGCGUCAUCGGCAGCGGCUGCAACCUGGACACGGCGCGCUUCCGCUUCCUGAUCGGGCAGCGGCUGGGCCUGCACGCCGAGAGCUGCCACGGCUGGGUGCUGGGCGAGCACGGCGACUCGAGCGUGCCGGUGUGGAGCGGCGUCAACGUGGCGGGCGUGCCGCUGCGGGAGCUGAACGCGGCGCUGGGCGGCGCCGGCGACCCCGAGCGCUGGGACGAGGUGCACAAGGACGUGGUGGCCAGCGCCUACCAGAUCAUCAAGAUGAAGGGCUACACCAACUGGGCCAUCGCCUUCUCGGUGGCCGACAUCGCGGAGAGCAUCCUGCGCAACCUGCGGAGGACGCACCCGGUCUCCACCGUCAUCCAGGGCCUCUACGGCAUCCAGGAGGAGGUGUUCCUCAGCGUCCCCUGCGUCCUGGGCGAGAACGGCAUCGCCGACCUGGUGAAGAUCAAGCUGAGCCGCGACGAGGAGGCGCGCCUGCGCAAGAGCGCCCAGACGCUGUGGGACAUCCAGAAGCAGCUCAAGAUCUAG